CCCUCUAUCUGUACAUAUAUUAGAGUAUACCACAUUCACCCCACAACCCAAAAGGCCAUAGUAGCGCACCACCGACUACAAUACUGAUUAAUCGACAGCCAUGGAGGACCUCCCACCGGGCUUUCGCUUCUACCCAACUGAAGAAGAACUCGUCUCCUUCUACCUCCGCAUGAAGCUCCAGGGCAAGAGGCUGCAGGAGCUCAACCGGGUCAUCCCCGAUGUCAACAUUUAUGAGCUGGAGCCGUGGCAUCUUCCAAGGCUUUCAGGGGAGGUGUGCAGAAGGGACACUGAGCAAUGGUUUUUCUUUACCCCGCGACAAGCGAGGGAGGUCCAGGGAGGGAGGCCCAGUAGGACUACUGGGUCAGGGUACUGGAAGGCCACGGGCUCCCCAAGCUACGUCUACUCUUCCGAUAAUCGGGUGAUUGGAGUGAAGAAGACCAUGGUUUUCUACAACGGCAAAGCUCCUGCUGGCAGAAAAACUAAGUGGAAGAUGCAAGAGUACAGAGCCAUAGAAGCAGAUGCUAUUCCAAAGUUGAGGCAUGAGUUCAGUCUGUCCCGAGUUUAUGUGAUAUCCGGGAGCUUCAGAGCAUUUGAUCGACGGCCCCUUGGCACAGUGACGAGAGAAGAAACCAGCCAACAAGUUCGACGACAACAUGCCGCCGCCGCCGCCGCUGCUGCUGCUGCUGCUGCAGUGUCAUCUGAUCAUGUUCAGGAUACUCAAAUGAUGGAGAAAAGAAGCUCAUCACCUGAAUGUUCAUAUUCAGGAGGAUAUGACCAUGUUCAUCUCCAAGCCUCCUCCGCACCUAUCGACGAUUUUCUAUGGGAUUGGGGACAACUGGAUUGGCUGUAAACAUAGUGUAAAAAAAAUAAAUGCUAAGUAAGAAAAAUAGAAUUUUUCUUAUUUGGUA